AUGGCCGCAAUUAAUCUAAGAAAUUAUGUUACCACACAUUGGUCUUCGCGUGGCGAUAAGGAGGAUUUUAUAGGACCUGAACCAGGCGAGGAAGCGAAAGUGAUCGUGCGGGAACUGAUGUUCAAUGGUCUUUCUGAUCCAUCGCAUAAAAUACGCGUUGCCUGUGCAUAUGUAACGUCCAAGAUAGCGCAUGACGACUGGCCUGAAUAUUGGCCUAACCUCCUUGAUCUUUUGAAUUCCAACUUGAAGACAGGGUCCCCUGAUCAAGUACAUGGGGCUAUGAGAGUGCUUGCCGAGUUUAUAAAGUACGAUAUUACGGAUAUACAGUUUCCGCAGAUUGCAACCACUAUGCUUCCAGAAUUAUUAAAGAUUCUACAAGCAGACAAGGUCUACUCCUGUAGGACACGCGGCCGUGUAGCAGCAGUAUUCAAACAAAGUUUGGAAAUACUGCUUAUGUUGAAGGAAGAACAUCCUGAAGUCAUCAAUAGUUUUCUAAAACCAAUAAUACCUGAAUGGAUACAGACAUUUGUCAAUAUAUUGCGAGAGGCUUUGCCUGCAAAUCAAGAGAGUGAAUAUGAAGAAUAUGCAUUGAAGCUGGAUGUAAUAAAGUGUUUGAAUUUCUUGACAAAAAACUUUGCUAAAUUAUUAUCACCAUAUCUUGUGUCGUUGUUGGAGUUAAUAUGGACAGAUAUCUAUGUACGAGAAUCGGGAGAAGGUGUUAAUUUCUGCCAAGACUCUGAUGGCGGUGUGAUUGGAUUUGAAUACCUUCUGUACGCACAAUUUGAAUUCGUUGGUCUAUCUAUUCGCAAAAAGACAACAGGUGUUUUAUUUGCUGGGACCAAUGAUAAUGGUGCUUUUCUGAACGAAGUACUUUGGAUACUUAUACAUUAUAUGCAGAUCACGGAAGAGCAGGCUGAUGCUUGGAUUAAUGAUGCCAAUCAGUUCAUAGCCGACGAAGAUGAGGAGACGUACAACUACACCGUCAGAGUAGCUGCACAGGACCUUUUAUCCAUACUAUUAGAUAAAUAUCCUGAACGUACCUUUCAUGCUUUAACUGUGUCGGUUCAACGUCAUUUGGAUGAAUCCAAUAGUGCUCGCGCUGCUAAAGACCCGACAUGGUGGAAAAUACAAGAAGCUUGUUUGAAUGCUGUGGGAUUCCUUGCAAGCGAUUUGGUGGCCGCCAUAAAAGAGAAUGAUCCAAAUAUCAAUUUUGACAUAAUGGGGUUAUUCAAUCACGUAGUGAUUGGGCAUUUGAGUUGUUCAGAUCUUCCUUUCCUCCAAGGUCGUGCUCUUGUAUUUGGUGGUCAAUUUGCAUCGAUUCUCCCACCCGAAUUAGCCUCUCAAUAUGUUGCUGGUGCUGUAUCUGCAUUACAGCAGAGCGUAGCCAUACCAGUAAGAGUUUCUGCUUUACAAGCUCUAAAAAACUUUUGCCUGCAGCUGGACAAAGAAUACGUAAAACCAUAUCAGUCCGAUAUCAUCGAAGGCGUAGCUAAUUUAUUUAGUCACGCGUCUGAGGACUCGCUUGUUCUUGUACUUGAGAUCAUUGAGCAAGUGAUUAAGAUCGAUCCAGUUGUAACCGCACAAUAUGAACAAGUCCUGGGUCCGUUGAUUAUUGAUAUUUGGGAGAAGCAUCCGACAGACGUAAUCAUUGAACCCGUAGUGGUGGACCUUUUUGAGACAUUGGCUAAUAAUUCAACGGCGUAUAGUACUUUUCAAGCCAGAGCACUGCCUCAUAUUGCCAAGGCCAUAGCUGAGCCACCAGAGUCUGGUGUUGCUGCUUCAGCUAUCGAGGUAGUUAGUCGUUUCAUUAAGGCGGGUCCUUCCCCAUUACCAAAUGAAUACGUACAAUACGUAUUUCCGCCGUUGAUUCGUUUGCUGUUAAGCACCGAAGAUCGGGAGAUAUUGCAGAAUGGACAAUCGUGUCUAAAAUAUUUCGUACAAAAAGAUUGUUUGGCACUUGCUCAAUGGACUGAUGCUAACGGGAAGACUGGACUCGAUUAUAUCAUACAGUUCAUUGCAAGGUUACUUCAGCCAGCUGAAGAGGAAGGAGCUGCAUUAUUCGUUGGGACGCUUAUCGUUAAACUGAUUCAAAAAGCUGGCGAUAAAAUAGUUCCUGUGCUUGGAGAGUUGUUGCAAGCAGUAGCCAUGAAAUUGGAGAGCGCCAAGACGGCUACAUUUAUACAGUCGAUGGUCAUUGUAUUUGCUCAUUUGAUUCUUACUCAGUUAGAAACAGUUGUUAAUUUCUUAAGUAAUCUUAAUAUUAAUGGGAAGAAUGGUCUUGAGAUACUGUUGAGUAUGUGGUUUGAGAAUUAUGAAUGUUUCCAAGGAUAUUACAGUCAGAGAGUCAGCGCCAUCGCAUUAACUAAAUUGUUUUUAUCGGGUGAUCCGAGAGUAUUAAAUGUUCAAGUACAAGGUGAUCUAAUUGUUACAAAUACAAACAGGAUAAUGACAAGAUCGAGAGCUCGUCAAAACCCGGAUCAAUACACAAUCGUUCCUGCGUCAGUGAGAAUUAUCAAAUUACUCAUGUCCGAUCUGCAGAACGAGAGUGCUGCUGAACCUCAAAGACUAGACGUUGAAGACGAAGAAGAGGUUGAAGGUGGCGAGUCGGUUGACGAUGAUGGUGAAUGGGAAGACGUUGAUGAAUCGUCCCCAUUUGCACCGCAAGAAGAUUAUGUCGUGCUCGCAGACUAUUUGAAUAGAGACGUGGACUUUGACGAUAUAGAGAGCGAUGCAGAAUUAAGGGAAGAUCCUAUUUAUCAAACAAACCUAAAG